CCGACGCCAUUCAUUUUAGGUUUUGUAAAGAAAGGAACGAUUCCAAUUGUUUAUUAGCGCACAAAUUGUGUAAAAAGCACGCAAAAAAUAACAACUGAACGCAUUGUGAACAACCAGCCACUAUUGAAUUGAAAAAUACUUGCGAGCUGCUAUAAAAUAGCUUCAGUGCCGGCAACUAAAUUGUGAAUUCCGGCAAAAAAAUUGCAUCAGUAUUAGUGCCUGGAUACAAAUUGCAAAUUCCCAGGGCACACACACUGAGAGAUAUUUGCGAGCAGUUCUCAGGUGAAAGUGCGCUGCUUGAACACGCAACACAACCGAUUUGACUUGGCUGCUGUCCCAUUCGAGUGAGAAACCCAAACACACGCGCCGCUAGCAAAAGCCACUGCCAGAGUGCCGCCGUUGCAAUCAAUUCAACUUCAACUACUUAAAUCAAACGCCCCGCAAUCGCCCCCGCGUCACUGCCGCCCACUAACACCUCAUAACAUAACGGGAGUAAACGAAAUCUUAAUAUGGCCGAGGCAAAAACACCCGAAAAGAUGCUCUCUGCCAAGCCGCCGGUCUAUCAUCAAAAUAGCCAUAGUCCAAACGCCACGCUGCAGCUGCCGAGCCCCAUCAUCACGCGGCGCACACGCACGGCCUCCACUUCGGCGCGUGCCAUGGAAAACCCGGUUGUUAGUGGCGUUGUGAAAUCUUUUAGCCGCACCAAAGGACACGGCUUUAUUACGCCCCAUGGCGGCGGCGAGGACGUAUUUUGUCAUGUUUCCGACAUCGAGGGCGAAUAUGUGCCCAUGCCCGGCGACGAGGUCAAGUAUCGGCUGUGCGCCAUUCCGCCCAAGUUCGAGAAACAUCAGGCCGUGCACGUGCAGAUAAGCAACUUGACGCCCGAGGUGCACCACAAGUGGGAGGAGUCCGUCUUCUGCGGCUCGCCCGCCAAAUAGAAACCAUUUGCAAAGGCCUUCCAAAAUUUAAUUAACUGGAGCACGCCAUAUCCGGGCGCAAACAAAGCAAAUGAAAAACAAUUAAAAUGAUCAACAACAGCAAAAACAGUUGUGAGACGACAGAAACACAACAAAACACAACAAAAUAAAAUAAGAGUAAACGAGAGCAAGCACACAAAGCGACUUUAUCAAUCGUAUGCCACACAGCCAGCCAGCCAGUUUCAAUUAAAAAUCUUUAUUAUUAUUAAGCUAAGCUGAAAUAUAUUAACCCAUGUCACAA